AUGGCCGUUCUCGGUCAACCGCCUCUGCCCCCUGGCGGGGCUCCCUCGGGUUUCCAAGCCCAUCUUCUCGGUCUGAUGUCCAUCAUCUCCGAAGCCCCCUCCCCUUCGUACCCCUUCCCCACAAGUCCCACACCUCAAUCUUUCCCCCUCCAACCAUAUACCGGCACCAAGACCACAGCGGAAGAAGCGAUCGAGCGCGGCGUUCUCGCUUUGGCAGAACGGCUAGCCCAGGCGGAGACGCCACAUGCGGCACCGCCACCAUCGUCUGAUACGCCCGGGCUGCUCCGUCAACCUUCUCCCUCGCCUGCGUCUACGAGCCUGCUCACGCCAGAAUGGGUACCCCCUGCGGGUCAGGCGGACCCGCUCGUAUGCCCAACGUGCAGUCAUGAUCCCCGACGCGAUGUCACUCCCAGGCCGGAGAUGGGCUCAAAGGAGCGGCGCAUGGCGGAUCUGACUAUCGGGGCCGAUGUCGGGGCGGCACGAUCACCGCCCAGUGCGCUGUCGAGCGCGUCGUCAUACAACAUGGGCGGUGCGGGCAUGAGCGCCGAGAGGGAAUUGGAGUUGUUGAAGGCUCAGAUUGCGGAUAUUGCGAGGGUCUGCAAGGCUGUCGCCAGCGGAGACUUGACCCAAAAGAUCGUCGUGCCCGUCGAAGGACAAGCGAUGACGGAGCUCAAAGACAUCAUCAACUCAAUGGUGGACCGCCUAGCGACCUUUGCGGUCGAGGUGGAGCGGGUCAGUCUGGAGGUCGGAACGCAAGGGAAGCUGGGCGGACAGGCGGUGGUUGAGGGAGUCGAGGGAACAUGGAGGGGUCUCACGACGGUGGUGAACACGCUCGCUGCGAAUCUUACCACGCAAGUCCGGAGUAUCGCCAAGGUCACCAAGGCUGUUGCUAGGGGAGAUUUGUCCGAGACUAUCGAUGUCGAGGCGUCAGGAGAGAUCGCUGAGCUCAAGACUACGGUCAACGAGAUGGUGAUGUCACUGAGAACUUUGGCGGAUGAAGUAUCCCGAGUCUCGCUCGAAGUCGGAUCUCAAGGCAAGCUGGGUGGUCAGGCGAACGUGCCCGACGUGGAGGGUGUCUGGAAGCAGAUGACCGUCAACGUCAACAGGAUGUGUGAAUCUCUUACCACCCAAGUCAGGUCUAUCGGUUCGGUCACUACCGCUGUCGCUCGAGGAGAUCUGUCCAAGAUGAUCGAGAUUGAAGCAGAGGGCGAGAUGGCCGUGUUGAAGAAUACUGUCAACUCGAUGGUCCGGCAACUGACGGUCUUCGCGAACGAAGUCACCCGAGUCGCGCUGGAAGUAGGGACACAGGGUAUUUUGGGAGGACAGGCUAGAGUCGAAGGGGUCGAAGGUGUCUGGGACGACCUGACGACCAAUGUCAACAAAAUGGCUAGGAAUCUCACGGACCAAGUGCGAGAGAUCGCUGAAGUGACCAAGUCUGUUGCUCGCGGAGACCUGACUAGGACUGUCGACGCGGAUGCUCAGGGCGAGAUCCUCGAUCUGAAGAUCACAGUCAACGACAUGGUUGCCCAACUCACUGUCUUCGCUGCCGAGGUCACCCGAGUGUCCCUUGAGGUCGGAACCGAAGGGAAGCUGGGUGGACAAGCAGCAGUCCCGAAUGUCGAGGGGACAUGGUUGACGCUUACGUCUUCCGUGAACUUGAUGGCAUCCAACCUCACCACCCAGGUCCGGUCCCUCGCAGAAGUCACAACGGCCGUCGCAGAAGGAGAUCUGUCCAAGAAGAUCCACGUCGAGGCGUUCGGAGAGAUUCUGGAUAUGAAGCAGACUGUCAACGGGAUGGUGGAUAGUCUGAGGAGCUUCUCGUCUGAGGUUACUCGUGUCGCCCGGGAAGUCGGAACGGACGGAAAGCUCGGUGGACAGGCCUCCGUACCUGGAGUAGCGGGCACAUGGAAGGACCUGACCGAGAGCGUCAACAUCAUGGCCAGUAAUUUGACUGAGCAAGUCAGGACUAUUGCUCAUGCCACGACUGCCGUUGCUCGAGGAGAUCUCACCCAGAAAGUCGUCGGUGUCAAAUCGUCAGGAGAGGUGCUCGACUUGGUCAACACCAUCAACAGGAUGAUUGACCAGCUUGCUAUCUUUGAUGCCGAAGUGACUCGAGUGGCGAGGGAAGUAGGGACAGAGGGAAAGCUCGGUGUGCAGGCCGAGGUCGGGAACGUCGAGGGUAGUUGGCGAGAGAUCACGUCCAAUGUCAACAUCAUGGCCUCCAACCUCACGUCCCAAGUACGCGCUUUCGCCCAGAUCUCGGCGGCCGCCACCGACGGUGACUUUACUCGCUUCAUCACGGUCGAAGCGUCCGGCGAGAUGGAUUCGCUCAAGACGACCAUCAACCGGAUGGUGUACAAUCUUCGCGAGUCGAUCGAGAAGAACACCAAGGCGCGGACGGAGGCUGAGAUCGCCAACAAGAGUAAGAGUGAAUUCUUGGCCAAUAUGAGUCACGAGAUCAGAACCCCCAUGAAUGGGAUCAUCGGCAUGACGGUCUUGACGCUUGAGUCGCAAUUGACUCGUCAACAACGGGAGAACUUGAUGAUCGUGUCGAGCUUGGCUUCCUCCUUGUUGACCAUCAUCGACGAUAUUCUGGAUAUCUCCAAGAUCGAGGCCGGUCGCAUGACAAUGGAGCAGAUCCCCUUCUCUCUCCGUCUAGCCGUCUUCUCGGUACUCAAGACGCUCUGCGUCAAGGCGUCCCAGAACAAGCUCGACCUCAUCUUCGAUAUCGACCCCUCCACCCCGGAUCAGCUCAUCGGUGACCCCCUUCGACUUCGUCAGGUCAUUACCAAUCUCAUCGGGAACGCUGUCAAAUUCACAUCUCGGGGCCAGGUCGCGCUCUCUUGUCGUGUCAAGAACAACGACGACAAGUCGGUCGACAUCGAAUUCUGCGUCGCGGACACUGGAAUCGGAAUCGAGCCAGACAAGCUCGAUGUCAUCUUUGAUACAUUUGCGCAGGCAGACGGGUCGACCACACGCAAGUACGGCGGAACGGGUCUCGGCCUGACCAUCUCAAAACGGCUCGUCAACCUCAUGACGGGCAACCUUUGGGUCGAAUCGGAAUACGGCCAAGGAUCUCGGUUCUACUUCACGACCACGGCCGAAAAGCGGACACCUACCGACGAGCAGACGAUUGAGCGCCUGGCGCCAUGGCUGGGCCAUUACAUCCUGUAUAUCGAUACACUGAAGGAUGAGACGGGCGUGGUGGACAUGUUGAUCAAGCUGGGGCUGAAGCCGGUGGUGGUGGGCUCGGUCGAGGAGGUGAUUAUGAACCAACAGACGGCGCCGGCGGUGGAUACAAUGAUUGUGGACAGUCUGAGUGCGGCGGAGAAGCUCAGAGCGGUGGAACAUCUGAGGGCGAUUCCGAUUGUCCUGCUUGCCCCCAGCAACCGGCCGGUCGGACCGCUCAAUCCAUCCUUCGUCGACCUCCCCCGCUCACUUCGGAAACGCCUCAACCUUCCCGCUGCCGACGAGCAGAUGCUCUCCCCCAUCCCGGUCAAAGAGUGUCUCGAAAUGGGCAUCAACACCUACUACACUACCCCUCUCUCCCUUGUCGAGCUGUCAAACGCGAUCGUACCGGCGCUUGAAUCGCAUCAGAUGUCUCCGGGCGAUUCAAUCAAAGACACGAUACUGAGUAUCCUGCUCGCGGAGGACAAUCUGGUGAACCAGAAGUUGGCGGUCAAGCUUUUGGAGGUGGCAGGACACAAUAUCGAGGUGGCGGAUAACGGAGAGAUCGCGCUCGAGAUGUACAGACGCCGACAAACUGCCUCAACACCAUUCGACCUCAUCCUGAUGGACGUGUCUAUGCCGGUCAUGGGCGGGAUGGAGGCUACUGGCCGGAUACGAGAUUACGAGGCCGCGGAGUCGCUUGCGCGGACGCCUAUCAUCGCUCUCACGGCUCAUGCUAUGAUUGGCGACAAGGAGAGAUGCUUGGAAGCAGGUAUGGACGACUACGUCACCAAGCCUCUCCGUCGGGGCGACCUCCUCGCGUCCAUCGCCAAGAUGAUGAACCCCAACAAGCAGGGUACCAGCGCGCCGAGCGAGACGCAGUCGAUCUUCAGCCGGUAG